GUGAAAACAAUUAAUGAGAAAACUGAAAAUGAUAACAUAGCUACUCAAGUAAAACGUGUUACUUGGCGAAGGAUAAGCAAGUGUUUUCAAUUCACUGACUGAUACUUGAAGUAGAUUGCGACGCCUAAGGUCAGAGCACCUUGGUUUUUCGAAAGAGUUGGAGCAACGGAAUACACAGUUGCUUUACCGGUACAAGUGGGAGCAGUGGACAUGAUAUAUGCGUAGUUGGCUUCAACUGAAUUCGGUGGCUUUAAGUUGAAAAACUAAGCAUUUAAGAGGAAUCGCUGUUAGUAUUCAACAGCUGUGGGCUCGGCGAGGCUUUUGUUCAUUUGAUUUUGUCAAGAUCUGAUAUUCUUCUUCGAGAAUCUUCACAUUAAGAGGUUAUUUGUUGCCAAAAAUGUCUUCCAACGACACUACAAGUAACGCGUCCGAUGUUUGUGGUUUACCUGACCACUCAUCAACUGAUACAAUAUGGAAAACAUUUGCAUAUUGUUUUAUUGCAUUCGGUUCUCUGUUUGGAAACUCCCUUGUUAUUUUCGUCAUUUUCAAAAACCGCAACAUGCGAUCGACCAUAAAUUAUUUCAUAGUAAACAUGUCAGCGUCUGAUAUCCUCUUCGCUGUUUUUGUAUUUCCUCGCCUCGUUUUGGAGCUAUAUUCAGUACCUGGCAGAUGGCUAAUCGGUGGCAUGGUGGGCUCAAUACUUUGCAAGAUCGACCAUUUCAUUCAAGAUGUGUCAACAGCCGUAUCCAUUCUCAGCUUGGUGGCCAUUGCUGUUGAUCGAUUUUACGGCGUGGUGUACCCAAUGAAACCUGGUCUCAUGAGUGGAAAACGAGUUCGUAGGGUGGCCUUGGCAGCGACUUGGUGUUUGGGAGCAUUCCUUCACUUGCCCUACUUUUACGCCUAUAAACUUGUCGACGAUAAGUUCUGCAAGUACAACUGGUAUCCAUUCGCUGAUCAUGUCAAAGCGUCAAAGUUCUACUUUUUAUUUCUAUCAACGAUAUUUUUCUUCUUUCCUGCUGCCAUUUUGGUAAUUGUAUACAGUAUAAUUAUCAAUACUCUACGAAGGCAAAAGUUCCCAGGCAACCAGUCUCUCAAAGACAAGAAAAGGGUCGCUAGACGCAACCGGAGCGUGUUAAGAAUGGUGGUAGUAGUUGUAGUCUUCUUCAUCUGUUGCUGGCUUCCCGUCAACGUAUCAAUAUACAUUACAAUCUUUCAUUGGCGUCCAGAAAAUCGUCCUUGCUAUAUAGAAUUAUUAUUUUUCUCGGUUAUUUUCAUCGCUUAUUCAAACGGCUGCAUUAGUCCCUUCCUUUAUUUCAUUUUUAAUCAUAAUUUUCGUCAAGGCUUGAAAAAAGCCUUCUUGGGCCAUAAUAACCGCAAUUCUGUUCGAAGUAAUCAUCGUUCCUCUCGCCGCAAAACGGAUGAUGCAAGCCUAACAGCUCUCAAAGGCCGCAGAUGAAAUAUCAAAACUCAUCUUCAAGUGAAUUUACAUGUAAGGGAGCAAUUGUCCGUAAAGGGAUGCAAUCAAAGACUAUUGUAAAAAAGUAGAAAUGACGAAGAGAAAACAAUUAACUAUAUCCAUGGUAUGUUAAUAUGCCUUGUCCAAAAAUCACGCUUUUGCUUUUAAAACGAGAAUAGGAUAUCAUUCUAUAGGAAAAGUAAUGACUGAAAAGGUGAAUUAGGAUGGUGGAAAUAGAUAUAGAUACUAUAAUCUACAUCCAAACGAAGACUGCAAACAGAUCGUGGAUCGUCUCUUUUACAAACCGCGCGGCAAAAGAGGUUGCACUCGAUGUUUCACACGUGGAAAUCUGUGGGUUAAAGGUUUUUCUCGGCGACUGUGAGAACCGGUUGGUAUUUGGUCAAAAUUUAUGAAGCGCCCGUCGAGCUCCCCGAUACGGCUGUAAUCAGCCGUUUGAGCCACUACGGCCAGGUGUUAAGUUUACGCCGGGAUAAAAUAGCGCAGCACAUCCACAACGGCGUAAGAACCGCCAGAAUGUCAAUUAACCGUGCCAUUCCAUCUGUCAUCAGCGUGGCCGGUGAAAUAAUCCGGAUAUGGUACCCUAGUCAACCAAAGACUUGUAGAAACUGUGGCGCCGACGACCACAUGGCCAGGGGGUGCUCUUCGCUUCGCUGUUUUAACUGCGAGCGCCCUGGCCAUCGUGCUCGAGAGUGUGGUGAACCGACUAAGUGCACUGUUUGUUUGGCCAACAACCACGAGUUAUCGAGCUGCUCUUUUGUUUUAUUUAGUGCCAAUUUCGACCCCUCACCUCCACCUUCAGCAAAAACUGAGGAGGAAAAAAAGCAGGAGAGGGAAGAGCGGGCCAGAUGAGCGAAAGAACAACGGGAAAAGGAGGAAAAACCAAAGCAAGACCAACAACAACAACAACAACGGCAACAGCAGGAACAGCAACGACAACAGCAGGAGCAACAACGGCAACUACAGGAAUGACAACUACAACGAAAGAAGGAUGAAGACAGAAAUAGAGAGAGCACAAGGGGAAACGAAGACAAGAAAAGAAGAGACCACGGAAAGAGAGAAUAGCGUUGAGACGAGCGACGGGACGAACCGGAUGAACGAAGAAGAGAUAGGGUUC